CGUGGAGCUCGACACGGUUGCUAAAAGUACCUUUAAUUCUCGCGUGAUACAACAACUUAUAACGUUGGACCUUAGAGUCUGCCUGAACUUUUGACAUGCCUCCAAAGCAACCAUCGGGUACAGGCCGUGGCCGACCAAAAGCCACAACGAAGAAAGGCGCCAAGGCAUCAGAGCCUGAGUCUGAACCACAAUCGAGCAAUCCAUUUGAGCUCUCAGAUGACGAUAACGACAGACAAGGGAACUCAACGCGGGAAGCAGAAGCUGUGGAAGAAGAGGAACCCGACAAGUCGAUUCCGCCAGAGCUGCUCACACGGUUGCUGCACGAAUUCUUUGCUAAAGAUGCGACACGAAUAUCAAGAGAUGCAAACGCCGCGGCGGGCAAAUACUUUGAUGUAUUUGUGAGAGAGGCUAUUGCGCGAGCGGCUGUCGAGAAGGAUGGCGGAUUUCUCGAAGUUGAGGACCUGGAGAAAGUAUCGCCACAGUUGUUGCUGGAUCUUUGAGCGGUAUCAAUUGGUGUUUCUGGCACCUUCGGGGUGAACUAGAGUCGAAGUGUUCAAUGGGUAUGCAUCUGGAGUGAAACCCCGGCGACGACCGCGCAUUACUGGCGCUUUCACACUUAGAGCGACCGGAUGGUGGCACUGCGGGUCAGCAACUUCCUAUGUUGCACUUUGACGAUAAUACGGGUACGUGAAUCUGAAAAGCAUUCAACCUACUUUUCAUAAACGUUAACAAAAUAGCAACCAAGACUUUGAUCUUCAAAAGCUCAUUAUCGGAACACGAUGUCUCCUACUACGCCCAAUAUCCAUCUCAAGCUCAAGGAAGUGAGAAUAGAGUACCAUCCGAUAAAUGCAAUGGCCGCGUGCUCUGCGCCUGGUGUCUUCCAACUGUGCCAGCACCGAUUGUUCAUAGUGGUGUUUGCGAUCGCACCCCGAUCUUUUGCCACAAGUGCGUGAGCUUUCACUGGCUAUGUACGAGGAUACGGAAUCCUUGACUUGGGGCUGUCUGGCAAGUUGUCAUACCACGAAUUUGAGUUGUGAGCGUUUGGUUGAUGUGAAGGAAGAAUCAAGACGUAUUCGUAGAGUCAGCUAGAUGGUGUUGCAACAUAUUUCUAGAUUGUGACAGGUUACAUUUGUAAUGGCUCCUGGAACCUCACUCAAGAAGGAUCGUGUAAUCCGCAGCUUAGAGCUCCAAGCGGCCUUAAUGUCUAUAAUAGCGGCGAGCUCAACCUGGCAUUGUGCUACAUAUUGCUUGUCGUUCCUAUUUGAUGAACGCAGUCUUAGGUUUUAGCAACUUUUCUCGCCCAUUAUACAGCGUUUCGUCUAAGAAGUUCCGUUGUGAGCCUCAAAAUCAACACUGGCUAAGGACGAUCUUUAGCCGCCUAUUGAGCAAGCCGAAAAUGGUCUAACAUCUCGUGUAAAUAAGAUCGGUUUAGGAGUUUAAUCAUAGCAAGUUAAUAAAACUGGGGUGUUCCAAAUGGCAAUACAUACUCCAACAGCUCAUCCCCCCACAUACUUAGGUGCGUUUGGAAUCUGCAACCAACACGAAACAUCGCAACUGAAACCCGACAAACUAAUGCAAUGUCAGUGCGGACUCAAAUAAUGUUAUUCUGCGUCAAGAGAAAGCCAAGGCUCUCAAGUUUCAAAUUACCGUACGGCAGCUUUACACCCAUGUGGCCCUCUAGGCCCUUAAACUCUUUAAGGACCAAUAGUGACAGCGAAACUAUAUUCGUCUCAAGAUAUUACGGAUGAGGCACUUCCGAAGCAGACGAACCCCUGGUCGAUCUGCUCCGACACGGUUGGGCCUGGAGCCGAGGCCUAUAGUCACCGAAAUAAGCGCCAUGGGUUGAUUUCUC